UACUGCCUCAGAGUUUAUGCUAUUUGUCCUCCAAAAGGGAUUUAUGCUGCCUGGGAGGGCUUUGAUCUGCAGUUUUAUUGUUGAUAUGCUUUGCCCCAACGCCUUCCAAUCCAACGCAUAUGACCUCCAUUCAUGGUGUUCGUCACAACAAAGCUAAGGUCUGGGUGGACUGUCAUUGGUCAAGGAGUAACGCUGACUCAGGCCAAACAUGGCCAGAGACGUCAGUCCUCUGAGCCUCACGCCUUUGUCUACAAGGCAGCAGCAAUGGGUCGGAAGCUCUCUGGGGUUCGUCCUCUCGUUCUCCGCCCUACGUUCUCUAAUUUUCUACUCCUUCCUGUCAUGUGCGGUGGCAGCAGGCAGUUUGCCCGGCAUAGAACAUGACUAUGGCAUUAGCCCCAAAUUUGUUUGCACUCCUAUUCCCCCCGAAGCAGACCCCAGCUGCUAUUCUCCACCCAGCGUGCCCCACGGACCAAGCAGUAACGGCCACACCAACGGCCACAAUGGCAGUAACCGGCGAGGCAUGAUGUCCGACGAGGCCAAAGCCACCAUCUUGCACCUGCGUGAGAGCCUUGUGAGACAAAAGGAGACCAUCCUGGACCAGCGGGAGACCAUCAGAGAGCUGACUGCCAAGCUGACCUUGUGCGAGGGCUUCGGUGGUCACCACAGCGUUGGUCACCAUGACAACCACCACGAGAAUCACCACGACAACCAUCACGACGAACACCACGGGCAGCACAGCAGCCACCACACGUCACCGUCGUCGCACCACGGGCCUUCUGCGUAUCACAGCAACGACCACCACUACUCCCACGGCGGCCACAGGUCGGACCCCCACCACAGGAAGGGCUCGUCGUACGGAAAACACAGCUCCUUCUCCCCGGAACAGACGGGCAAAACGCUGCAGACGCUGAAGGAGAGGCUUGAGAACUUGCAGGCCAGGAACUCCUCCAGCUCCUACUCCAGCUCCCUGAGAGAGCUCCUCCAGCGGAAGAUCACAGCUCUGGAGGAGCAGCUGCACAGUCAUUCCACAGAUCACCAUGAUUACGGUCACCAUAACGACCACCAUGACGAUCACCACGAUGACCACCGUGGCACAGGCCACUACGACAGCCAUCACGAUGACCACCACGAUGAUCACCAUGGUUCUGGUCACCAUGACGACCACCACGAUGGCCACCAUGGUACCGGCUACCAUGACGACCACCACGACGGCCAUCACAACAACCACCAUGGUAGCCACAGGUACCACCAUCGCAACAGCCACCAUAAUCGCCAUCACAACUACCAUUACGACUCGUACCACAACCGGCAUCACGGUCACUUUGGCAGCCAUCGCGGCAGCCACUACGAUGACCACCAUGAUGACCACCACGACGACCACCACGAUGACCACCAUGAUGACCACCAUGAUGACCAUCACGAUAACCACCACAGUGACCACCACGAUGACCACCACGAUGACCACCAUGAUGACCAUCACGAUAACCACCACGGUCACCACGAUGACCACCGCGGACGUGGACACCAUGAUGAUCACCAUGAUAACGAUCAUCACCCACGGAGGCUGCCUUUCAGUAGCAAAGAAACAAGCCUGAGGGGUGCGGGGCACAGCAAGCUGGAAACAGUACUCAGCCAACUGCACCACAGCAACACUGACCACGGAAACCACAAGAAGUUCAAGAGUCCCAGCGCUUUCCUGCUCGACUUCCCCAUGAGGACCAACUACAUGUACGCCAGGAUGAAACGGUCUGUGGUCAACGAGAUCUUUGCCCUGACAAUCUGCCUGUGGCUGAAGCCAGGAACAGGUCCUGGCCUCGGCACGCCCUUCUCCUACGCCGUUCCCGGACAAGCCAAUGAGCUGGUGCUCAUCGAAUGGGGCAGCAACCCCAUGGAGCUGCUGAUCAACGACAAGGCGGUGACGUUGCCCAUAACAGUGACGGAUGGGAAGUGGCAUCACAUGUGCGUGACGUGGUCGACACGCGAUGGCGCCUGGGAGGCCUACCAGGACGGAGUGAAGAAAGGCUCAGGGCAAAACCUGUCAUCCUGGCACCCCAUCAAAGCAGGAGGGACCUUCAUCCUGGGCCAGGAGCAGGACACGAUGGGAGGCCGCUUUGACGUCACCCAGUCCUUCAUGGGGGAGAUGUCUGAUCUCCAGUUCUGGUCCAGAGUCCUGACGCCCAGCGAGAUCUACAGCCAGGCGAGCUGUGGAAGCCAUCUUGUUGGUGAUGUCAUGUCCUGGUCGGAGGAAUCUGUGGAGCUCCACGGAGGGCUCACCGAGUUCCCCUUUGAGCCCUGCCACUAAGGACUGACACUGGACACCUCCUAUACACACACACACACACACACACACACACACACCGAGGGCUACAGCAUCUUCAUCCCCACAUUUUUGAUUAUAUGCCCUCGUUGAAAAUAGAUUGGGAGCGUUUUAUGUCGUCAUGGAUGGAAGAUGAGAGAGUGAAUCACUUCAUCGCUUGCUCUGGUUUUUCCCCGCGUCGGUCUGAAAAGGUGGAUGCCACAGGUUCAGCCAUGGGCAGAGAGACAUUUUGCUUUUGCUUUUGUUUUUUGCCAUUCCUGUUGGAUCUUUCUGCCUCCUCCACCUACACCCUCACUUCUUCGCUGCGAAGCCGUCAGUAGGACAACUUUGAGGGCUCCAGAGUGUGCAGGGCUUUGGACACAUAAUAGGAUUCCAUUCCAUCAGAACACGUCCAAAGGUUGUUCGGCAUGUGAGCAGCACGAACUUUGCAGGAGGUGAAAGAGCGGCUGACAA